GAGAGAGAGAUCCUGUAUCUGUUACCUCUUUAGGACAUUUUCUAGCAUCUAGAGUAUCUAUCCACACAAUCUGUGGAUGGUAAAAUGAGGAUUAGAGAGGAUUUGUUCAGAGUCAACCUCAGUAAGCUGCAGAUUUUGUUUACCUAUCUGGAGCCAGGUAAAGAAGACAUGGUCUGUGUUGUAGUGAAGAAGUGGCUUUCCCUCCAUGCAAUACAAGGCCACAGCAGCCAAUCUCUCAAGCUUCAAGCAGCUUGAAGGGAAAGACAUUGGAUUUGUGUACUAAACUAAGAGAAGGGGGCGGGGGAAUUUAAAGAAAAGAGACAGGGGGUGUUUCUCACCCCUCUCUCCCCUUUUUUCUCUCCCUGCCCGUCUCCUUGGUCACACAUGCACAUAUACUACUCACACACACACAAACAUUGACGAGGGCUCAGUCCUGCUAUGGCCACCACCACCACUGAGGAGAGCUCUGUGGUCCUGGCCUCUGUAGCACCACAGCAGCCUGACUUGGUAAGUAGCGUAGAACCCGACUCAGCAGCAAAGCUUGAGUCCAGUGAGGCCCAAUGUGACAGAGAGGGAAGAGAGGAUGAGGAAGAAGAGAACACAGGAGGAAGCCCUGUGCAAGAGAUUGCAAAAGGGCCGAGUUUGGACCCGGAGUGGUUGGAGGAGAGGUUCAGGAUUGACAGGAAGAAGCUGGAGAACAUGUUGUAUGCUCCAAAGCACGGCGACGUGGAGACAGGAGAGGAGUUUUUUGAGAGAGUGAUGAGAGAAACUAACACUCAGGUGAAGUGGCCGUCCAAGCUGAAGAUCGGAGCCAAAUCAAAGAAAGAUCCACACGUCAAGGUGGAAGGGAAACGAUCCAAUGUGUUGGAAGCCAAAAAGAAGAUCUUAGAAGUUUUGGAAACAAGGGUGAACAAGGUGACUCUGAAGAUGGACGUGGCCUAUACAGAGCACUCCCACGUUAUUGGCAAAGGUGGUGGAAACAUAAAAAGAGUGAUGGAAGUCACAUCCUGUCACAUCCAUUUCCCUGACUCCAAUCGCCACAAUGCAAUGGGAGAGAAAAGCAAUCAGGUCUCCAUUGCUGGGCCCAUAGAGGGAGUGGAGGAAGCCAGGAGGAAGAUAAGAGACCUGCAGCCUCUGUCCUUGACCUUUGACCUACCAGUCAGUCUGGUGCCUCAGGCUCCUCCAGAUGCGGGCUCGCCACUUAUCCAGCAGGUAGUGCAGACUUUGGGCGUCAGCGUGAGCUUCAGGGCCGUGCCGCCGCAGCCUCAGGCUCAGGCAGCGUUUUAUGGAAGCUGCUGCACUGUCUGGGGCCUGCAGGGCAACGCAGCGGCUGUCAAGAAAGCGACCUGCGUCCUGAUGGACCUGCUGCUCAGGCCGGAGGUCACAGGCGCUAUGGUGAGCAGCCAACUGGACGUCACCUCUCAGCAGCACCUGUUCCUUUUGGGUCAGAACGGAGCUCACUUCCUGAGUGUCAUGCACCAGACCCAGACCCAGAUCAUCUUACCAGACCUCAGUGCUCCUCAGAGUCCCCCCUCACUGCUCAUCCAGGGCACCCCCGAUGGCGUGUGUCUGGCUCGGCAGCAGCUCAUGGACUGUCUGCCUGUGUGUUUGAUGUUUGACAUGCGCGAAGAUGGAGAGGCGGAUUCUUCUAAAGUGGCUCAGAUGAUGCAAAACCUGGGCGUCUUCAUUAGUAUCAAGCCCAAAGUAAAACAGACCAGCAAGUCAGUGGUGGUCAAAGGUCUCGAAAGAAACAUCUCCAGUCUUUAUGAAGCCCGCUGUUUGCUUCUGGGGUUGGAUUCCUGUGAGACUGCCAAGGCAACUGAGGCGACCCCUGACCCCCUGCUAAACAGCAACGGACUGACCAACUACUGGUUGAAUAUGUUGCUGCAGCAGCUUCGUCUAUCUGAGCAAGGUCCAAUCCCUGCUCCCAUUCCAGAGGUGACUGGCAUAAAGCACCGGCCCUCACCCCCACCAGGCCUCACUCCUCCUGCCGAAGAGGGGAGGACGGGGCUGAAGGGAACAGAGAGUCGUCCACUGGAGAAGAUACCAGAGAAUGAGGAUCAGUGUGGCCAAUCAGAGGAUGAGAGUUCCAAGGUCGCGCUAAUGUCAGCGUCAUCUAAGGUGUGCGAUGUCAUCAACAACAUCAGCAGCCGCGUGGCGUUAAUGGGUCGCAGGGGGAGUCUCCAAAGCCCCGAAACCACCAAAGUCUUUGGCCAAGGCAGACGACAUUCAACUGGACAGGCUCUGACCUGCAGAUUGCUGAAUGUCGAGUUUGACGGUGCAGGGGGUGAGCGGAGGAACAGCCUGAGGAGAGACAUGAUGCUGGCUCAGGAUAUUUGCACUGACUCAUCCAAGGCGGAGGAUGAUGACUAUGAGAAGAAGAAACUGCUGGCAACCAGAGCCAUGCAGAGGAAGCCUGUGGUCACUGAGGUCCGGACACCCACAGACACCUGGAGUGGCCUUGGCUUCUCCAAGUCAAUGCCAGCGGAGGCUGUCAAAGAGCUCCGGAACAUCAGCCGCCGCAGCUACAAGCCCUACCUGAGCACCAGCCAACAACAGCCAUGGGCGACGCAGAUGGGGAAGAUGUGCAACGGGAGCAACUCUGAGAACUGGCGAGACAGACGCGGGUCGACACCUUCGUCACUGCCUGUCCAUCCCUCCUCCUCCUCCUCUUCCUCCUCUUCUUCAUCCUCCCCCUCCUCACCUCCCUCCUCUUUCUCCUCAUCCACCUCCUCCUUCCCUGCAUUCGCGUCGUCGGUAAACCGAAGCAGGAAUGACAAACCUCUGGAGUGCUACCAGAGCAGCGGCAGCAGCUACUUUGAGGGCGUGUGCUCAUCGAGGCGGCCGUCGACUUGCAGUCAGCGGAGCCCCUCCCCCCAGAUGAUGACAGACGACCUACCUGAGCUGCUCUGUCAACUCGGGCUAAUUAAGUACAUAGAUGUGUUUGAACAACAAGAGAUUGACUACCAGACGUUCCUCACUCUGUCUGAUGAAGACCUGAAGGAAGUCGGUGUCUCCACCUUUGGAGCGAGGCGUAAGAUGUUGAUUGCGAUCUCAGACCUCAACAAGAGCAAGAGGAGGCUCUCGGACACACCCACUGUGAAGCCAGGAUACUUGGAGGGCGGAGCCAGUGGUCGACUACCACGAAUCAUGGAUCUGGAAGUCGCCGCUCAGAGUAACCGUUGGUGAGAGUAGAAGCCGGCUCGGAGCUCUGACUGACAAAUAGCUAUUUCUGGGGCCGGCAGUGAUGUCAAUACCAGUGUAAAGGUCGUACCUGUUUAUAAUUUUCUACCAAUCAUUAAAAGAGCAAACGUUGUGAUUAUUUAAAUUGAGUGACUUUCAUCUACAGCCAUACCCCAAAGCUACUUCUUUAAAAUACAAAGUCGAGACACGGAGGUCGACUCUUAGAAUCCUCUGAUUCUGCAAGAAACCAACUAAGUGGAACUCAAACGAACGCUGACAAUUGUGAUUAUAGUUCUCUUUUUGUUGUAUCUUUUAUUGUUAUCCUGUGCCUUUAUUAUGCAAAUCCACCCCAGUGCUUUGGUAACCACUACAUUUAUGCAAAUGUAUAUAGAUAUUUAGAAAAAAAAAAAAGCUGGCAUUGUAAUGUGAUCAUGAAUAAAACCUUUGCUCUAAA